AGAGCAUGAAGCUUCGCUUCUGGUUCCUUCUGGCUGUGGUCUUGAGCAUGGAGUUAGCUGUAAUACAGGGCCUGCAAUGCCACCUGUGCAAGGGAUUUGGAGGAUGCUCCCACCAGUCUCACUGCCCAUGGAGAUCCACCCACUGUGUCAUCAUUGCCACCCGGUCUCCCAUCACCUUUAAAAACCUGCCUCUGGUGGAGAAGAUGUGCUACAAUCGCUGUCCUGAUGUCCCCAGCUUGGGCUUAGGUCCUAACGUAUCCAUCGUUUGCUGCCAGUCCAAUCUCUGCAACAGGGACUGACCACAUUCCUCCAGCUGGCUCCACAGAACUAUGGCAUGUCCUUUGGUCAGGCUUGAUCCUUGGAGAUCAUUCCAGCUUGGCCAUCCCCAAGUCCCCCAACUCAUACUUCCUCAGUAAGUUCUGAAUGAAGUCCUGUGUAAAUCCACU